GGUUGAGUUGAACGACGCGCAGUGACAUCUGGGCGUUUCGAGAUUCGCGCAUCUCGCUUGGUGCUACCACGGUGCCAGGUGUGUUUAAACCUGUGGCGACGGAUGGGAUCGCGGUUGUCACUACAUCAAAACGCGUAGGAUCCGAACUACCACCUGGAACGAUAAUAAAUGACCAUUAAGUGAAUGAUGCGAUAGAAAACGGCUCGUGUCGUCGUUAUGUUAGUCUAGUCACAGGUAUAAAGGCACUCUCGUUGACGCACUGUACGGUUUACGAUUCUAAAUCUCCGAGCAGAUUUGUCUCUCACGCAGUAUGGUGAGGUGAGUGGAUACCUUGUUUUGACAAUUUACAGCCAAAGGUUUAGGAAAAAAGAAAAAACAACAUUUGAUAGGGUGAUGGGGAGGCCAACACGCAUUUAUGCAUUAAUUUAGACAUUGUAUUGCUUUCUUGUUUAUUGUUUUACGCACAUAGAACAUUCGGAGUUUUGCAACGGACAUACUUUCAGUAGCACAGCCAGCUACUGGGGUGCUCGUACUGGUUUUUAAUGACAGUGGUGCUACUCCAGGAUAACUGUGGUUUAUUGCUGGACAAUAUUACAUUUAUUUACACAUGACCAGGAAUACCUCAUCCAUGACGCAGGCUGGCUCCCAAAAGUGAAUGAUCAAUUAUAACAGAGAAAUGAAACUCCGACCAGAACCAGGGAAUAACUCGAGAUUAGAAGUCUUUGUUCGACCAUAUUUGCUCCUGCUUUAGUGCUUGUGAAACAAAGCAAAACCAAACAGACAAUUUCAGAUCAGUGACAGACAACAUCAAAAGGAUACAGUAUGUCCAGAACGCUGAAAAAGAAGAAACAUUGGUCCAGCAAGGUGCAGGAGUGUGCGGUGUCAUGGGGAAGCCUCGGAGAAUUCGGCAAUGUGGUGGAGGUGCUGGGGGGUGCCGAACACGGAGAGUUCCCUUACUUGGGCCAGAUGAAGUUGGAUUUGAUGGUGUGCCACGUCGGGAGAAUGCCCUAUUUUGGGGACGUUUUGUUGGAGAUCAACGGAACCCCCAUCAGUGGACUUACAAACCGCGACACGCAUGCAGUCAUUCGCCACUUUCGGGAGCCCAUUCGUUUGAAGACUGUCAAACCAGGGAAGGUUCUGAACACGGACCUGCGCCACUACCUCAGCCUGCAGUUCCAGAAGGGCUCGUUGGACCACAAGCUGCAGCAGGUCAUCCGGGACAACCUCUACCUGCGCACCAUCCCCUGCACCACACGGCUGCCAAGAGAAGGGGAGGUGCCGGGGGUGGACUACAACUUCAUCAGCGUGGGAGACUUCCGUAUCCUGGAGGAGAGUGGCCUCCUGCUGGAGAGUGGAACCUACGAUGGUAACUACUAUGGGACCCCCAAGCCCCCAGCAGAGCCCACCCUGGUGCAGCCUGACCUGGUGGAUCAGGUGCUGUUUGAUGAGGACUAUGACAACGAGGUCCAGCGUAAACGGACCACCUCCGUCAGCAAAAUGGACAGGAAGGACAGUGUGGUCCCUGAGGAGGAGGACGAUGAUGAGAGGCCACCUCUGUCCAAUGGCCUCCCAGAGCAUAAAGAGGGGGCAUCAUGGAGGAAGGCGGUGCCCAGCUACACCCAGUCCAGCAGUGCAAUGGACUUCCGUACGUGGAGCUCUCUGCCCCGCGACGACAGCCUGGAACCACUGCCUCUCAACUGGGAGAUGGCCUACACCGAGACGGGCAUGGUCUACUUCAUAGAUCACAACAGCAAGACCACCACCUGGCUGGACCCCCGCCUCGCCAAGAAAGCCAAGCCCCCGGAGAAGUGUGAGGAUGGAGAGCUUCCGUAUGGCUGGGAGGAAAUAGAGGACCCACAGUAUGGAACAUAUUAUGUAGAUCACAUCAACCAGAGAACCCAGUUUGAGAACCCAGUCCUGGAGGCUAAGAGGAAGCUGAGCCAGGAGACUACUGCCACUAUCCUGCAGGGGGCACCACCUCCCCCAGGUGAGCAGGUUGCAUCAGGCUUCACCCCAGACCCAUCCCAGCUGCAGGGAGAGAUGUUCCACACUGCUCUGAGGAAGAGCUCCCAGGGCUUUGGCUUCACCAUCAUCGGGGGCGACCGCCAUGAUGAGUUCCUGCAGGUGAAGAAUGUCCUCAGCGACGGCCCUGCCGCCAACGAUAAAAAGAUUGCCUCCGGCGAUGUGAUCGUGGAGAUUAACGGGACAUGUGUGCUGGGGAAGACCCACCCUGAAGUGGUGCAGAUGUUCCAGUCCAUCCCAGUGAGUCAGUAUGUUGACAUGGUGCUGUGCCGCGGCUACCCGCUGCCCCCAGACGUGGAGCCAGACAGUGAGGACCCACCUCCCCCACCUUCUCAGCCCCUGCAAGGGGGCGAGGUGGUGACGGCCGUGCCCCUCAUCAACGGCCAGCCCCUGCUGGUGAAGGGUGACGUGCUGCACGGCUCCUCCCAGGAGCUGCACUACGUCACGACCGACGCCAGCGGACGGCCCGUGGUGGCUGCCCUGCCCAACGGGAGGCGUCCUGAGCAGGGGGGAACAGGCCUGUUGCAGCCCGAACUUGUGAGUGUGCACCUGGUGAAGGGCCCAGGCGGGUUUGGGUUUGCCAUCGCAGACUGCCCCCUGGGCCAAAAGGUGAAGAUGAUCCUGGAUGCCCAGUGGUGCCGCGGCCUGCUGAAGGGAGACGUGAUCAAGGAGAUCAACCGUCAGAACGUCCAGACACUAAGCCACGCCCAGGUGGUGGACAUCCUCAAAGACCUGCAGGUGGGGAGCGAGGUCAACGUGCUGGUGCUCAGAGGAGGUCAGACAUCUCCUGUGAAGAGCCUGAAACCUAGGCAGGAGAUGACAGCUAGCACAGAGACUCUGGACUGUGUUACAGACUCUGUCUCCCAGGCCCUUCCAUACCAUUCCAACACCUCAACCCUGCGCAACGACUCACCCAAACGGGACGCCACAGAGAUGUACCUCAAGUCCAAGGCCCUGCUGGAGAGCAAGCAGCCUCACACCAAGGACUUGGAUGUGUUCAUCAAGAGGGACCAGGAGACUGGCUUUGGCUUCCGUGUUCUGGGAGGAGAAGGUCCAGAGCAGCCAGUGAGUACCGAAGUGUAUAUUGGUGCCAUCGUGCCCCUGGGUGCAGCUGAGAAGGAUGGGCGUCUGAGGGCUGGUGAUGAGCUCAUAGGCAUCGAUGGAAUCAUGGUCAAGGGCCGUUCCCACAAGCAGGUUUUGGACCUGAUGACCAACGCUGCCCGCAAUGGUCAGGUCAUGUUGACUGUGCGUAGGAAAGUCAUCUACAGAGAUAUGACUGAGGAGGAGGCAGGGCUCCACAUGGCUCCAGUGUUGGUGAACGGCUCCCCCAGACUCCCUCGUAUCCAGAUGCCCAGCGUGCUGGACCACGAGUCCUUCGACAUCACCCUCCACCGCAAGGACAGCGAGGGCUUCGGCUUCGUCAUCCUCACCUCUAAGAGCAAGCCCCCGCUUGGAGUGAUUCCUCAUAAGAUUGGACGCAUCAUCGAAGGCAGCCCCACUGACCGCUGUGGCCUGCUGAACGUGGGCGACCGCAUCUCAGCGGUCAACGGGCGGUCCAUCGUGGGGCUGUCUCACAAUGACAUUGUUCAGCUAAUCAAGGAUGCUGGCAAUGCUGUCACCCUCACCGUGGUCCCGGAGGAUGAAUACAAGGGUCCUCCCUCUGGAGCCAGCUCAGCCAAGCAGAGCCCUGCCCUUCAGCACAGAGCUAUGGGUCAGAGGUCAGCCAUGCAGGAAGAGCGUUAUAACUUAGAUCUGGAGGAGAAAAGGGAGGGAGUCACCUGGGCUGACUACAAAACUCUGCCUCUGAGCGAACAGGGAACAAUGUGUGUUACAGGCCCCAAACAGGGCUGCAUCACGGUGGAGCUGGACCGGGGGUCCCGGGGUUUUGGCUUCAGUCUGAGGGGAGGGACUGAGUACAACAUGGGCCUGUACAUCCUGAGACUGGCUGAGGAGGGGCCUGCUCUGCUAGAUGGGAGAAUCCACGUGGGAGAUCAGAUAGUGGAGAUCAAUGGAGAGCCGACCCAGGGCAUCACCCAUACCCGCGCCAUCGAGCUGAUCCAGGCUGGGGGCAGCAAAGUGCAGCUCCUGUUAAGGCCAGGGCAGGGUCUGGUCCAAGACAACAGUAAGUUGGAUCCAACCAUCACUUCACCCACACGUUUUCCUAGAGAGGCGCUUGUCUCCGAAACGUCACUCCUCUCUUCUCCGUUCUCCACCUGCAGCUCCGUCUCAGGUUCCUACCCUUUCAUCAGUGAGACCCCUGACUGGACCUUCCUGUCUCCCCGAACACCCCACCCCCAGACCAGCAGGGGCACUGGCUCAGUGAAGUGGAAUGGGGAGCGGGCAGACAGGCAGGCAGACAGGCUCUCUCCCAUCACCCCUGAGCAGAUCAACCUCUAUAAGGUCAAACCAGGUCAUACCAGGUCUAAAAGCUCCAAGGAGUCCAGCAGCCCCCCAAAAACAGGUGAAACAUUCAAAGAGCGUUCACAAAGCCCCAAAAAGUCUGAGAAGAAGACCCAGGAAGCAGUGACAAGCAAGGGCAGGAAGGCUUACCCUCAGAAAGGAAGUCGGUCACCCAGCCCCAGAAAGUUCCCUCGAGAAGGACACGAAGUCUUGAGCCAGCCACACAUAAAGAAACAGCAGGUACAGCAGAGCACAUCAAAGGACCUUUUCAGCAAGGAGUCCUUUGAGAAAAACAAAAACUACAAAAGGGGGGAUUCAAAGGGCAGGAAAAGCAUACAGGAGAGAGAGGGGAGAGGGGGAACUACCAAGGCUGCCCAUGAGCAGGCCAGUAUUCGAAGGAGGGUUGGGACAGAGGCAGGACAUCACAGGCCAACUCCUCAGGAGGGCAAGGAGACAGGGGCAAGGAGAGAUAUUCUGAGAGACGGGGAAAGGGAAAAACACAAAGAGGAGAAAAGGAAAAAAGACACAGGGGUUUCCUCAAAAGAGAAAAAGACUAUAACAGAUUCUGGAGCCUAUACAACAGAGGAAAGCAGUAGAAAAUACUCUGUGUUAUCCCCAAUAGAGGAGAGGAUCAGAAAAGACACAGGGGCCUCCUCAAAUGACAUUCAAGAGGAUGCUCAGAGCCAAAAGGGUCAUAUUAGCCCUGGACCCUGGAAAGUGCCCAGCUCAGCCAGAAUCCUCUCCCAGGCUGAGGUGCUGCGUGACCUCACUUGCUGAUACAGUAUGGAUAACACUGUGUUGACACAUAAUCACACAGACUUGAGCUGCACCUCAAAAUGCUGUAAAUUGUUGGUCAGUUUUUUUCUCAGAUGAGAGGGAUGGACGAGGAAUCACAACAUUAUUGGCCAUGUGUCAUGUCCAGCUGUGUCCCUUAAGAGGUAUUUUUUAACCUCUAUUCGCCUUUGACAUUGUGAAUGGCAUGUAUCGCCAACGCUGUCAGCUCACUUCCUCUCUUCCUGCCUUGUGUGCUGCUUCAGACAUCUUUGAUGAGGGCUGUAUGCUUGGCAUGUUCAGGGCCCUGCCAGUCAGUGACACUUCAAAAAUGUGAUCGUGUGCCAAUUCUGGGACGUCUUGUUGAAUGAAUACUAACCAUGCCUCACCCAUCACAAUGCAAUUAGUAUCCCAUAUGCAUCCAAGGUGAAAGGUCUCUAACCCACUCAAAGGGUGGCUGUCAGUUAGAGUUGUAUUUUCAUGUUGGAUAUCUACAGCAAGGGCCUUGGGACUGGUCAUGUGACAUGGCACUCUUUUUUCCAGGGGAUUUGCUCAACUGCAUGCCGUCCAUAUGUUUGUUUUAUUGCACGCCUUUUUCACUCCACUGAGGACGAUCCUUUCUCCUGAUGUGCAAAUACCGUUCUGACCUGAACACCAUGUAGGGAUUUCAGACUUUAUUCAGAAAGCAUUAGCUUUACCAAGGAUUCUAGACUGUUCUAAGACAUGAUUCCUGAAUACAAAAUAUAUCAUUACAAAAGACCAGAAACUUGUGGUUUGAGAUAUUGUUCAUCAUGUGUAUGAUAUUGUUUACCAUGUUUAUGAUAAUCUAUGUGUAACUUAUUGAAAUUAUAUAUAUAUAUAUAUAUAUAUAUAUAUAUAUAUAUACCGUAUAUAUAUAUAUAUACACACACUGUAUGUAGCCAUACUGAGCCAUUCCAUGUUUUGAUAUAGAGUACAAAGGUUCAUCCUGAAUCAUCUUGCACCAUCCUUUCUAAUGCAUUUUACUGAUAGCAGUUGCCAUGGGUCUUCAUCGUUCAUGAAAUAUAUACAGUACAGUAGCUACUACAUGCAGAUUGCCAUAUGUGUCUGAAAUUGCCAUUGCUCCAAAUGUGUUAUAUUGUGGAAAUACUGUAUAUGUUUACCAAUAUGAAUUCCAUUGCACUACACCUUUACUUGUAGGAUUACAAUAUGACCAAUUUUGUUUAUUUUCUGAGAAUCUUGAUUCCUUUGAAAAUAACCAUUUGGGAUGCCUAACAUUGUUGCCAUUUUAAUACAGUGCCAAUAGCACCGAUUUUGAUAAAUAACUAUGUUUUACUGUUGAUGGCCAAUAUCAUAAUUUCAAAUUGUUUUUCUGCAAUUCAUUUUGGCUUGUGAUUGUGUUAAACACUAAAGUAGACUAGGUAUGGCUGCAUUCAGACAGAAAUGUAGAGUAUAUUGUUUUUGUAUGGAGGUCAAACAUUGUCGGACAACGGAGUGGACAUAAGUUGUCAAAAGUUGUCCGUCCAGGCGCUAAAGCGGUUUGGAUCAAGACGUGUUUAUAACUGAGCUCAGGGAAUGCACCAAAGUAGCAAAUGAUGACGUGUGAUAAAGUUAAGAUUUCACAGAGCAAGAAUUGACCGGAUAUCAACAGUGCUCUGAAUUUGGUCCAGUGUGUGAUGAUAGAGUGGAGUUUUCUAUAUAGUAUGCACAGACUCUGAAGGUCCAGGCCACUGAUAGGACAUACUGUGUACAUUAUGAGCCAACCAGUGGAGUUUUCUGUGCAAUAGAUUGUUGGUUGAAUGAAUGAGCACGCUCAACCUCCAGUGUUUCUUGAAGCUGCUAGUAGCAAGUACAUGUUACAAACCCAGAAAUAGUUCAUUAAUGACUCGUUGUACUUACGUAUUCGGCACCGUUGUAUGCCCCCUCAUAUUCAUUUAUACCCAGUCUCAUGUCUUGUCUCUGUAUCAUAUUGUGGCCUUGCAUUGCUUUAAUAGUAAAAGGAAUCCUUGUUGUCUUUCUACAUUAUGUGGGUACGGUAGUUGUAAAUGUUUAUAUAUUGUACAGCACCUUUAUAAAUAUUCGCUGAGUGCUUUUCGGGAAGAAAAUAGAGAUAUAUAAAUUGCUCCAUUAUUUUUUUAUGUAAGAAAAAUAAGAUUCUAAGUAGUUUAAAAGAAAAUGACCUUGACAUGGUGUUCUGUUUAUGCACUGAAAAAAAUAAAGUUUUACUGAAAACAUG